AUUGACAUGACUAUAAUUUCCGUCUUCUGUGGUCAAUUUUGGGUAUAUAAGACCGUCAUUUCGUCUAAACUAACAAGCAAAGCUCAAGCAAUUGCAGCGCUAGUUGUUGAGAACAAAACAAAAGCUAUCAACAUGGUCAAGGCGUUGUGCGUCCUCCUCAUUGCUAUCGUCGGCCUGUCCGCCGUCCAGAGCUUUAUUAGAGGGUACGGAUAUGGGGGUUUGUACGGCGGUUAUGGUAAUGGAGGGUUGUACGGCGGUUACGGGUACGGACGAAUGUACGGUGGCUAUGGAUACCCUGGCAUGUACGGACGUGGCUAUGGCGGUUUGUACGGUGGUUACGGUAACACAGGAAUGCACGGUGGCUAUGGAUACCCUGGCAUGUAUGGAAGUCAUUACGGAAUGCAAUUUCACCGAUACCCUAGCUAUGGCUACAGAUUUGGAAUGAGGCACUUUGGGAAGGGAAAGAAAGGCUACUACUAAGGAACGGAAAGUCUCACCUUAUCACCUCACUUCCAGUCCAAAGAUUAUGUGUUUGUUGAUUUUGUAUUGUAUGAAAUAUUUCAUUGAAAAUAAAAUAUUUACAUCUUAUAAUAA